AGGUCCGGCUCUUCGCUCUGGGAAUGUUUUUGGCUCCCAGCGGCUUCCAUCGUUCGGGCCCUGCUGACCCCCGAAGGAAACUGAGGUGGUCGAGCGGAUUGUCCGCACUUGACCUCUGACUCAGUUCCGCCACUACUUGACCUAUGACCCGGUACUGUCGGGCACAGGACAUAGCAUGAAGCUGAAGGAGCUUGAGAGGCCUGCCGUCCAGGUGUGGAGUCCAGCCAGCCAGCAUCCCAUCUAUCUGGCAACAGGAACAUCUGCCCAGCAGCUGGAUGCAUCCUUCAGCACAAAUGCUACCUUGGAAAUCUUUGAGGUUGACUUCAGGGACCCUUCCCUGGACUUGAAGCGCAAAGGAGUCCUUUCUGCUUCUAACAGGUUUCACAAGCUGAUCUGGGGGAACUUUAGCAGUGGAUCUCCUGAAGGUUCAGGAGUCAUUGCAGGCGGAGGGGACAAUGGCGUGCUCACUCUGUACAGUGUCUCCCAAAUCCUGACUUCUGGAAAGGAGCCUCUCAUUGCUCAGAAGGAGAAGCACACAGGUGCUGUCAGAGCCCUUGACUUUAAUCCUUUCCAGAGCAACCUCUUGGCCUCAGGAGCAAACGAUUCUGAAAUCUACAUUUGGGAUUUGAAUAAUUUCAGUGUGCCAAUGACUCCAGGAUCCAAGUCCCAGCAGCCUCCAGAGGAUGUUAGUGCACUGUCCUGGAAUCAGCAAGUCCAGCACAUCCUGUCCUCUGCUCACCCCAGUGGCAAGGCUGUGGUGUGGGACCUCAGGAAGAAUGAGCCCAUCAUCAAGGUCAGCGACCACAGCAACAGGAUGCACUGCUCAGGCCUGGCUUGGCAUCCAGAAGUGGCUACUCAGCUGGUGCUGUGCUCUGAGGAUGAUCGCCUCCCAGUGAUUCAAAUGUGGGAUCUACGGUUUGCCUCAUCCCCCCUCAAAGUGCUGGACAGCCACAGCAGGGGAGUGCUAUCAGUGUCAUGGAGCCAGGCUGACCCAGAGCUGCUACUCAGUAGUGCCAAAGACAACCAGAUCCUGUGCUGGAACCUAGGAAUUGGAGAGGUGGUGUAUAAGCUGCCCACACAGAACCGAUGGUGCUUUGAUGUCCAGUGGUGCCCCCGGAAUCCCCCAGUGUUCUCAGCCGCCUCCUUCAAUGGCUGGAUCAGUUUGUACUCAGUAAUGGGAGGGAAUUGGGAAGCCCAACAAAAGACCCAGGCUGACAAGAUCUCAUCUUCUUUCAGUAGCCUUGAUCCAUUUGGCACUGGCCAUCCUCUUCCUCCGCUGGAGGUACCCGAGCAGGUGGCCCACACCAACCUAAUCCCACCGCCGAAGAAGCCCCCAAAAUGGAUUCGCAGGCCAACAGGUGCCUCAUUUGCAUUUGGGGGGAAGCUGGUUACUUUUGGUCUGCCCAGCCCCCCAACCCAGCAGGCACCACAGCCUGGCUCCCACUUCAUCUUCAUCAGUCAAGUUACCACAGAGUCUGAGCUGUUGGCACGGUCCCAGGAACUUCAGGAGGCCUUAGGGUCAGGUAGUCUCCUGAAUUACUGUCAAAACCAGAUCCAUCGAGCUUCAUCGCCCUCUGAGAAGGACAUCUGGCAGUUCCUAAAGGUGGCCUUGGAACAGGAAUCCAGGACCAGAUUCCUCAAGCUGUUAGGAUAUAGUAAGGAGGAGCUUGAUGAGAAGAUGACUGCAUGUUUGGGGAGUGGUUCAGAAGUAGGUGAGAGUCCUCACCCCAAAGGAGGUGACCUCCACUGGAACAGACAAGCCUUCUGCAGGCAGGGCUCCAGACGCUCUUCGGAGGAAUCUGUUACAUCCUCUGCCUUCUUUGAUGAACUUGUCCCUCAGAACAUGGCCCCGUUGGAGAUCCCUGUCACAGAAGACACUGAUGGGCUGCUAAGCCAGGCCCUGCUGCUGGGAGAACUAGGCCAUGCUGUGGAAUUGUGCUUGAAGGAGGAGAGGUUUGCAGAUGCCAUCAUCCUGGCUGGAGCUGGGGGGGAGCAGUUGUUGCGGAAGACUCAGCAGCGCUACUUUGCCCAGAAGAAAUCCAGGAUUGCCUCACUUCUGGCUUGCAUGGUGGAGCAGAAGUGGAGGAGUGUGGCAUGUUCAUGCAGUCUGAAGAGCUGGAAAGAGGCUCUGGCCCUGCUGCUGACACACUGUGGCCACCAAGACUUCCCUGAGCUCUGUGAUAUGCUGGGGACCCACUUAGAGCAGGAGAGUGGAGGAACGCUGUCUGCAGAAGCCUGCCUUUGCUACAUCUGCUCAGGAAAUGUGGAGCGGCUGGUAGAGUGCUGGGCAAAAAUCCACCAGACUUCUUCACCCAUGGCUCUGCAGGACUUGAUGGAGAAGGUGAUGGUUCUUAGUAGGAGUCCAGAGCUGCUCCAGCGCCCUGAAGGGGCAGUCCCUGGCCCUGCCGUGGCCCAUAGAGUUACUCAAUAUGCCAGCCUGCUGGCAGCCCAGGGCAGCCUCGCCACCGCCAUGAGCUAUCUCCCCAAGCACUGUGCUCAACCACCUGUCCAGCAGCUGAGAGAUCGCCUCUUCCAUGCCCAAGGGUCCAGGCUGCUGGACCAGCAGCCUCCUCCUUUCCCUUUCCCCCGGGUCCCAGUCAGAUCCUCUUCCCAGCCUAGAGGCCUUGGAGCCGCUCCCCAUGCUGCAGGAUUCCGGCCUCUUCACCAGGUCUCAACUCCAGCCCCAGGACCAGGGGUCUUCUUGCCUCAGCCCUCGGCGACAAUGGCCCUCACCCACCCAGGCAUCUAUCAGGGCACCAGAUCCCAGACCACAAGGGACUCUAGGGCAGCAGGUGCUCAGCUGGUUCUGCCUCCCCCCUCAGGUCCUAGAGUAGGUCCAGCUCUGCCUCAACCACAACUGCUGGGAGCUCAGCAGACCCAAGCCCCUGGUCCUGUGGGCUUCCCAGGCUCCCAGCCUUUCCCUGGGCCACCUCCACCAAUGGCUUCCCAGACAGUAUCAUUUCCUGGCUCUACUUUCCUAGCAGGGGCCCCAGGCCUGUCAACUUCACUUCCGGCCUGGACCCCUGGUCCUGGCCUACCACCCCUAGUUCCUCCUAUCAGUUUCCCUGUGACAUGCUGUCCUCCUGGAGGGCCUGGUGCUCCAGUUUCUAGAACUAUGCCAGCUACUGGCAUCCCAGAUCCCCACCCAGGGCCCCGAGGACCCUGCAGAGAUACCUCAGCUUCCAAGGGAGGCCUCCAAAGGACAAAGCUGCCGGAAAUGUUUACUCCACCAGCCCCCAUCACUGCUCCUAUUGGGAACCUGCCGCCUAAUCCUCGAGAAGCCUGCUCCCCUGGCCCUCCCAUCUCUGGUAUGGGUCAGGCUCCCCCAGGAGCUCCAGGAGAGCUUACUCUGCAACAGCUACAGCAGCUGCCACCUGAGCAAGUGAAGAAGAAGGAGAUGCCCCUGGAACAUCAACCCCUGAAGACCAGUUUUGAAGCCCUUCUGCAGCGCUGUGCCCUGUCAGCCUCUGACCCUAAAACAAAACGGAAGCUAGAGGAGGUAGCUCUAAGACUGGGAUAUCUAUAUGAGAAGCUACAGGAGGGAAUGCUCUCUCCCAACGUCCUGGCUGGGCUCCAUGAGGUCUCCCGAUGUGUGGAUUCUGGCAGCUAUGAGCAGGCGCUGGCAGUGCACACCCAGGUGGUGGGCAGCAGCAGCUUCAGUGAGGUGUCUGGCUUCAUGCCUGCCCUGAAGACCAUCCUAACUAUUGCCCACAAGCUUCAAGGACAGUGAGAUGGGUCAUCUUGUCCUUCUGACUCACUGUCUAUAUCUCACCCACAGACUCUGAGAGUGGGAGACUGACAAAGCACUGAGAUAGAUGGAGAUAGAUGGUUCGAUGGCGUAUCUCCCACCCCCCUCAGAAUUAAGCCUUGGGAAGGAGGAUAAGAAAAAUGGUCUCUUUUCCUCUCCCAUGUCUCCACUGACCCCCAGUCCUAGAUCUGCUGCUAUCGACUCACCUUGGCUCCCACUGAGCUCUGCUCCUUCCCCUAGCCUGUGUGGGAACUGACUUAGUUUGGCGGUGUGUUGCAAAGGUGGAUUCUCAUCCCAUCCUUUACCUUCCCUACUCAGUUUAUCUCCUCAGCCCAUCCCAGGUUCCUUUAGACUCUACUGUCUCCUGCCUUCUUCCCCUCAGCAGUCUUCAAAGAGGGUGAAAGAGAAAGGAUUCUGCACCCCUUCCCUAUUUCCACUAGUGUUUUGGGUACCCACAGUGAGCAUUCUUUUCACCUCUCUUUUUUGUGGCCCUGUUCUUACCCUCCCCCUUAUCCUUAGGCCUGUCUCCAGUUCUGUUAGAGUUACACAAGAUCUGGCUGGUGCUCAGUCCAGAUCCCUGGUCAGUUAGGGCGGGGGUGGGGUGGGGUUAAAGGAAGGCACCAGACUAUGGAGAAGAAUGGAGAGUAGGGCCUCCUCUAUCAAGUCUGCUCAGCAGUUGGGCUGGCCAAGUUAUCUUUUCCCUUUUCCUCCUGUAGGUUGGGUGGAUGCAUGUGUGUGUGCCCAGAAAUCCAAAAGCUUAGUCCACGCUGCCUUCUUUCCCCACUCUGGGUGGAUGGCUUGUGAUAUAGUCAUAAGUGAUCAUCAGAAUAUGUACCCUGUGGUCCCAAGUGGUUGUUAGACAGUCCAUGCUAUGGUCACAGGUGCUACAGGACAGAGGAGUGAGGGAGGGAAGAGAAGCCUUCCCCUUGCUCUGUUGUCCAUGGGUUGGUCCCCAGGAGGGUGGAGCAGACAUGGGGAGCUCUCAGGCCCCUCUGGCUCCUCUUCUUCUAAGCUCCUCACCAUGUGCCUCAGGCCCCCUUCUUUGGCUGCCUCUCACCCUUUGGAUUCUGCUGUUUGAUGCACUGAAGUACUUGAGGAUGAAAUAAAGCGCUUUGAUUGUA